GUCGAAGGGACUCGUCGUGAGUUGCUAUCACUUGGACAAUUCACAUAUCCUGUUCAACAACCGUAAAUAUGGGAAGCAUAUCACACAAAAAUGGAGCAAGCCACAACUUCGGCGUUAUAGUUGUCGGAGGUGGCAAUGCAGCUCUUUGUGCUGCACUCGCUGCUCACGACCACGGUGCCAAUGUGCUCGUCCUUGAAGCGGCCCCUCGAGAUGGGCGGGGAGGAAACAGCCGUUUCGCGGGAACAGUCUUCCGCGCCAGCCACAAGGGCUUUGAUGCUGUCAAAACCUUGCUCUGUCCCGAGGCGAUGGCAGACGCCGAGCUGUGCGACAUGGCACCAUACACCAAUGAAGAUUACGCUCGAGAUCUGGCCAAAACCUCACACGGACGCAACGACAAGGACAUCUCGGCUAUCAUGGUCAGGGACGGCUGGGAAACACUCGAAUGGAUGAAGUCCAAGGGUGUCAAAUGGGAGUUGAUUGUUCGCAAGUACCAGAACGUUAGCGGGUUGAAGAAGGGUGACCAGAAGAUCAACCUAGAGCCAGGGGGCCCUGUGAUGGCCGUCGGUGGUGGGGUGGGCCUCACAGACUACCUUUGGGACGCGGUCGAGAGCCUGAUCGACACCGGUCGUAUGACGGUCUGGUACGACAGUCCUGCACACGACCUCAUCGCCACGGGGGACACGGUGCACGGCGUUCGCGUCCGUGGUCGAGACUCUUUCAUCGACGUGCACGGCAAAGUCAUCCUCGCGAGCGGUGGCUUCUCCUCCAACCCGGCCAUGCGUCGCCAAUACCUCGGAGAGGGGUGGGAUCUGGUCGUGGUCCGCGGGACAAAGUACAACAUGGGCACGAUGCUCAACCGAGCCGUGGCGGCCGGAGCCCGCCCCGUCGGACACUGGGGUGCCGCUCACGCCUCCCCCCAAGAUGCGAAUGCACCCCUGGUGGGCGAUGUCAACGUCUCUCCGCACAUGCCGCGGUACGCGUACCCCUACGGCAUCACGAUCAACGUAAACGGCGAACGGUUCUUCGACGAGGGCGAAGACAACUUUGGAAAGACGUACGCACAGACGGGCAAGAAGAUUGGCGACCAACCCGAAGCAAAGGCCUUUCAGAUCUUCGACCAACAGACUGUACACCUCUUGCCCAAGCGCUACGAGACCGCCACGCCCAUCAACGCAGACACCAUCCAGGAACUGGCGACUCUCAUGGGCGUCAAUCCGGCGGGCCUACAGAAGACGAUCGACGCGUUCAACGCCGCUUGUCCAAGAGACAGCAGUGGCUUCGAACCGACCAAGUUGGACGGACUGUGUGCGAGCGAAGGCCUGAAAUUCCCCAAAUCCAACUGGGCCCUGAGAAUUGAGAAGGCCCCGUUCGUGGCUUAUGGGGUGGCAUGCGGCAUCACCUUCACGUACGGUGGUAUCGCGACAGAUACCUCGGCGCGCGUGCUCAACAAUGAAGGCAACCACAUGCCGAAUCUUUGGGCCACGGGUGAGAUUGCCGGCGGAGUUUUCUACCACAACUAUCCCGGAGGUGCGGGUUUGACGAAAGGCGCCAUCUUUGGACGUAUUGCUGGUCGUGAGGCGGCGGCUGCGGCGGCAGCCAAAGACGCAAACGCUGGUGUCAAGGUGGGAGUCUAA